CGGCCACACUGGAAGCGAGCGUCACCGAGUGUCACGUUGUGAGCCAGUCUCGUCCGCGAGCCAUCCGUGUCACGUCAACUGCCGCGCUCGCGUGCUGCGUCUAGUGACCGCCAGUGUAAUAUGUGAGAUGGUGGCCGCGUGACAAUCGGGCCCCGCGUGCGACACUCCGGGAGGGUAGGCGUACGUCCAUUGUGGUGGCCGGAGGCAGCCCGAGUGUGAGCGAGCAGCGCGCGGCGGCGGGGCGCGGGGCGAGUGCGCCGCGUGCGCGAUGCGCUGACGCCAUGUGUGCGCUGCCAUGUGUGUGUGUGCGCGCGAUGCGCUGACGCCAUGUGCGCGCUGCUAUGUGUGUGUGUGCGCGCGCCCGGCACGCCCGCGCCCGCGCGGCGCCGCCGCUGCUGCUGCUGCUGUUGCUGGCGCUAUUGCCCUCCGGCGGUGACGGCAACCCCGACGCCAAGCGGCUGUACGACGACCUGCUCAGCAACUACAACAAGCUGGUGCGGCCCGUACUCAACGUGAGCGACGCGCUCGCCGUGCGCAUCAAGCUAAAGCUCAGCCAGCUCAUCGACGUUAAUCUCAAGAACCAAAUUAUGACAACCAAUUUAUGGGUAGAGCAGAGCUGGUAUGACUAUAAGUUAUCGUGGGAGCCCAAAGAGUAUGGUGGGGUGGAAAUGCUACACGUGCCCUCGGAUCACAUCUGGCGGCCGGACAUAGUGCUGUACAACAACGCGGAUGGCAACUUCGAGGUGACCCUGGCUACCAAGGCGACGCUCAAUUACACGGGUCGCGUGGACUGGCGCCCGCCCGCCAUCUACAAGUCCUCGUGCGAAAUCGACGUCGAAUACUUCCCCUUCGAUCAACAGACUUGCGUCAUGAAGUUUGGAUCUUGGACAUAUGAUGGAUUUCAGGUAGACCUGAGGCAUAUCGAUGAAGUAAAAGGUACUAAUGUUGUGGAGCUCGGAGUCGACCUGAGCGAAUUUUACACUUCUGUUGAGUGGGAUAUACUAGAGGUGCCCGCGGUCAGAAACGAGAAGUUCUACACGUGCUGCGACGAGCCGUAUCUAGACAUCACGUUUAACAUUACGAUGCGCCGCAAGACACUCUUCUACACGGUGAACCUGAUAAUACCGUGUAUGGGUAUUUCGUUCCUCACCGUACUGGUGUUCUACUUGCCUUCUGACAGCGGGGAGAAGGUGUCCCUCUCCAUAUCAAUUCUGCUUUCUCUCACCGUGUUUUUCCUCCUGCUCGCUGAAAUCAUCCCUCCCACCUCGCUCGUCGUGCCGCUGCUCGGAAAGUUCGUUCUCUUCACCAUGAUACUGGACACGUUCAGCAUCUGCGUGACGGUGGUGGUGCUCAACGUCCAUUUCCGCUCGCCGCAGACGCACACAAUGGCCCCGUGGGUGCGCCGGGUGUUCAUCCACGUUUUGCCACGGCUACUGGUCAUGCGUCGCCCGCACUAUCGGCUGGACCCUCACCGAAGCCGAUUUGCAGGGAUCCUGAGUGGCGAUAGCUGGUCUCCGGCGCUGGCGAUGGGAGUAGCUGGCACGGAGAGUUCAGACUGCAUCCGUGACGUCAUACAAGGUUCGCCGUCCCCCAGCGGCUGCCGGCUGCACGACGGACCGCCGCUCUGUGACACGCUGCACCGCUGGCACCACUGCCCUGAGAUUCACAAGGCCAUCGACGGGAUCAACUACAUCGCCGAUCAGACUAGGAAGGAGGAAGAGUCCACCAGGGUGAAAGAGGACUGGAAGUACGUGGCGAUGGUGCUGGACCGUCUGUUCCUGUGGAUCUUCACGCUGGCCGUGGUAGUGGGGUCUGCUGGCAUCAUUCUGCAGGCCCCCACUCUGUAUGACGAGCGCGCACCCAUCGACGUGCGCCUGUCCGAGAUUGCAUAUGCAGCGGCCAAACCCCGCCCCCCACCUCCCGCACCCCCGCCGCGGUGAGCCAGCACGCUGCUGCGAUAUUGUAAAUAAUAAUAUAAAUUAUACUAUUACAAUUACAUAAAAUAGUUUAUACGACGAAAUGACAUGAUCGAAGAUAACUCGAAUUUUUUGAUAGACAUGAAAUAAAUCGAUUGUUUAAAAA